AUGGCGCCGAUUUCCCGAGAGACUGUCAUUGCCACCCCUGCCGAUCACGGUCUGGGUGGCGGUCUCGCUUACGCGGCUGCUGUUGAUCCCAGUUUUGGCAGUGGUCUUGGUCUGGGUAACUUCCAAGGCGGUGGCAGCUCGAGCAGCGCCAACGCCAACAGCUUAUACAGCGCUGGUGGCUUGAGCGGGUUUGGGUCCGGCGGCAGCAGCUUCUAA